AUGGUCCAUGCUGAAGAACAACAAGCUGCAGUGGGUUCAAUCAAAAUUGUCCUUACGAGUACAACAGUCGACAGUGGUUCUUCCUUGUCUGGAAAAGUUGUUGUUUAUGACAAUUCUGGACAAGUUUCUCAAGUGUCUGGAAAGGUGGCUUUGGGACUCCAAAAUACUGGAGUUACUUAUACAGGACCUUCUAGUCUCGAUCUCCAAAAUGGAGUUGCCUCUUUUUCCGUCAUCCUUUCUUCUCCAAUUACUUCAGAUGUCAUUUUGUUUGCAGGCUUAACGUUUCAAGGCAGUCUUUACACCGAUUCAAAAACUGUAAGAGUGAAUAACAGUGUUGGAGGAAAUAAGGACUACACAGAUUAUUGGGUCGGUCAAUGGACAAUUCAAUCAGGUUGUGAUCUAACCACUUGUUGUUGUUUGGAUGGGCAAGUGACAGUCACUCGUGAAGGUUUGAAUUUAGUGAAAAUACAAUCGAAUUUGAAAGGUAGAGGAUGUGGAGCUACCUUCAUUUCCCUCUACAUUGGAGGUAUGAAUUCCGAUAAUUCUCUUUCUGCAAUUCUUGGCUUCGAAUCUUACUCAAUUACAAGGAGUGGAAGCACUAUUCAAGUGAAAAACCUAUCGGCUGACCGCUGCAGUGGAAGUGCCGUCUGUACAACAGCCUGUCCUCGUUCCAGUGCUUCUUCAUUGAAAGUUUCUUUUUUAGGUUUUGUUGUCAUGUUGGUGUCUUUCUUGUUGUUCGUUCUUUAA